AUGAGUUCAUUUAAUCUGGCAAUUCUAUUCAUUGUAACUAUUACAUUACAAUCGUGUUUCAAUUUUGGUGGGAUUGAUCAUAUCGACAAAGAUAGGCAUCCUAUUUUAAAUGAAACUCUAAUUAACAAGUCGGUUAUUCUUGUGAAUAAAAUAAUAAAUUCAAAUUUUUGGUAUGCACAAACCAAUAUUACUAAUAUAACAAUACAAAUUGUAAAUGGUUUAUUAUUACAAUAUAAUUUACAUCUUACACGUACUAAUUGUACAAAACAUAAUAGGAUGAUGCAAAAGAUUAAAAAUAAUCAAACGAUUCGAUGUCAAUUCAAUCAUAAUACUACUGGUCGGGUGUGUCAAAUUCAAAUUUUACUUCAACCAUGGAUGAAGCAACAUUAUCGAAUGACGAUUAAGAGCUGUAAACCAGAGAUGAAAUCAAUGAAUAACAAGAAAUAUCCUCCGAAACAUCAUCAACCAAUGAUUCCUUACAAUCAACCAUUAUCAAUAAUAAGCAACCGAGUAUUAUUUUAAAGUGUUUAAUUCUACUAAGAAUUAUUAUUAAGAAAAUAAUUUGUAACUUA